AUGCGCAACGCCAUGGAGAUACCUCUUGAGGAUGAGGAUACAGCUGAGGAGCCUGCUGCCGAUAUUCAUCGCUUGGAUGGAACAUUACCGGUUGUUGAGUUGGCAAGUUGCUUGGGAUUCGGGGUAAAAUACAUCCAGCCCCUCAAAGAAAUCUUGAUGAAGAGGCCUUCUCGCACUCCUUCACCAGAACUCUCCUCGAAAUAUAUAGACACUGAUUUGCUGCUGUUCUUGUUGAUGACCAGCGUCAAAGAGGGAUCGUGGACAAUGUUUGAGUUAUUUGAAAUAUUCCUCUGUCUCAUUGCCGACUUUUCUCCUGCGUGCGGGGCCCUUCCAUCCAAUUUAUUGGAGGUGGUGUCUCAGUGCUAUCGCGAAGCGCGAGCCCGCGAUUAUUGUAUACAGUGGCACUGUGCUGAGAAAUGGGAUGACAAGGAACUCUUGCAGCGUUUCAUGUGGAAUCAUGCUAGAGUGAUCAGUGAUGACACUAUAAACUCGCUUGAGGACGAUGAGUUUAUAUUCACCGCUCGAGGUACAUUCUAUAUUCUGCUUUUUCAUGCUAUCAACAACCAUCAAGAUUAA